CCUAAUCAUACGAGUUUGGUUGCCAUUUGACACCACCACGUAUAGGAAUUGAAGUGAUCGAGAAAAGCUGAGACCACGUCGUCGUCGUCGUGGUGGUUGUGCUUCUCCACCACCACCAAUCCGAAAGAUCCAAAGAAUCAAAUUAAGAGCUUAGCUAGCGAUCUCGAUCGAUCGAUCGAGCAGCCGCCAUGGCCGCCACCAACUCAUGAUACGACCAGAAUCGCCGCCGAUCGACGACGACCAAGAAACGUAGUGCGGUGUGGUGUUUGAUCUUGCUGCGGCCUCGCCGGCCGGCGGCGAUGAUGGUGAUGGGCUACUUGCUGGCGCCCAAGAAGGGCGGGAGGAGGAGGAGGGGGAAGGAUCAGCCGUCGGCGGCGGCGCAUCACGGCGAUAACGACGAUGGACUCCGGGAGACGCUGCUGGAGCAGCAGCAGCAGCCGGCGUCGUCGUCGUCGCCGACGGCCGGUGGCGGCGGCGUGCCGAAGGGGUACUUCGCGGUGUACGUCGGCGAGGAGGCGCGGCGGUUCGUGGUGCCCACGGGGUACCUCCGCGAGCCGGCGUUCCGGGACCUCAUGGAGCGCGCCGCCGACGAGUUCGGCUUCGCCCAGGCCGGCGGCCUCCGCGUGCCCUGCGGCGAGGACGACUUCGAGGAUCUCCUCCGCCGCCUCCGCCGCAAGAACGGCGGCGCCGCCGCCGCCAAGGCUAAGAAAGCCAUCAGCUAGCCACGCGUACGUAUACGGUAUAUAUACCGUAUAUAUAUAUACACUUGGAGGCGAUAGGAAUAUGGGAUGAUAGUAUAUCUAUCUCACCCAUCAAUUGAACGUCAUGGAUCAUGGAUGAACAGAUGCAGUACCCUCUAUGUCCAUUAAAACUGAAUGGGUUUUUGCAAUUGGCAGCAUGCCUAGUUAAUGUAAACUGGUCAUUUUCAAAACAGAAUUGAUAAAUCAGUCUUAACAAUUUUGUAACUUUGGAUCUGGAUCUGUGCAAUUCAAGAAUGCCUGGCUGAUCACAAUGAGUGCAGCUCUGUGCUGCAUUUUGAAA